UCAGUGUAUAUUUACUACGUCUAUGACGGGAAUUGUCAGGGACAGCGAACGCGCGAUCCGAGGUCCGACGACUCCGACGAGGCGUCUUCACGCUUUAUGUAAAACAGCUCGUUAAUUAAUCGAAGCCAGAACUUAAGAAAUCUGCAUCUGUCCCUGGAUUUAAAGGCGCACGGUGAUUCCACGAUCCGUACAAGUGUCCUCUAGAAGAAAAGAAGUAGUCGCUCCGUGCUGUACCACAGUUGAUUUCUGAUAAGGAAGAGGACGUGAUACAUCGCCAUUUAACAGCAGAUAUGAAAAUGGAGCAAUUGCAGGCUAAUAAUACAGCGACAAGAAUGGAUCAGUUGCAGACGGCGCUGACCGCCAUCAAAGUUCUCCGUUCUAACGUCGGGCAGGUGUUUGAGUCUCUUGGAAAUGGCUUGCGGGCGGAGCACGGGGAGGAAACUAAAGAGUCCAAGUAUUUGUUCGAGUUACAGGAACUGUUCACCACUGUGAAUCAUAACUUGAGGGACGUAGAACAGGCGAUAAAUAGUUUGACACCGCCGCUCGGUCCGUUCAAUCUGGCCAACACGACGUAUCUCAAUCAGGAAACCACGCAGGAAAGACAGGCGCUGUACAGCACGGUCGUCAAUAGUUACAAAUGGACGGAUAAGGUCCACGAGUACAGCACCGUUGCCCAUUGCUUGCUCAAUCAAAACACGCUAAAGAGAUCUUACGCGUAUGUGAGUAGUAGAGGAAAGAGGGGAAGAUUCCCACCCAGCAAUCACAAUGUACCUCAAUCGCAAGUUGACUCUACGAUAUCGACGUUUGAUCGACUGUUCCCCGACAUAACGGUGACCGUGACUCGUCCACUUGCGUCAAAUGCGAUAUUACACAUCACGCUGGGACACAUCAUGAAAGCAGUGCUAGUAUUUAAGGGACUGAUGAUCGAGCGGGUGGUAGUCAAGGGUUACGGCGAAACGAUAGACCUAUGGACGGAGUCUAGGUACAAGGUCUUCCGCAAAGUGACGGAGAACGCGCAUGCCGCGAUGUUGCACUUCCACUCCCCCGCGUUACCCGAGUUAGCGUUGCGGUCGUUCAUGACGUGGCUCCAUAGCUUGAACCAUUUGUUCAGCAGCCCGUGCAAACGCUGCGGCUUGCAUCUGCACAGCGCCCUUCCUCCGACUUGGAGAGACUUCCGAACUUUGGAUCCUUAUCAUCAGGAGUGCAAACCAUAAGGUACAGGCUUUUCAGAGUUUGUGUUUUAGGCGAAUAAUCAAUCUUUGGACGAACUUAGCGGUAAUGUACGGUACUAAAGCGUAAUAAUACUUAAUACUUAUAUUUUAUGAAUGUAUUUAUUAGUUGGAAUAUUAUAUAUACUAAAAUAAUGAAGUUAUAAAUAAAAUCUUCGUCUCGAUACGUCGCACUAAUCGCUAAA